AUGUUCUCUGAUAGUCAAUCAUUUUUUGCUUUAUUCUCUGUUCUGGGCCUCUUGGAGACUGUCUCGGCAGCGCCUGCAGCGCUGCCCGACAGCCAGAGGUCCCACCAUGACCAUGCCGCCAAGCGUGGCGGCACCUGCUCGUUCCCAAAUUUUGAGGGGAUGGUAGCGGUGCAGAAAGACGGGCAGAACGGCGGCUGGGCGAUGCACAGCGACCAGCAGUGUGCUUAUGGGAGCUGGUGUCCGUACGCAUGUAAGCCCGGCCAGCUGAUGGGCCAGUGGGAUCCGUCGGUUACGUCGUACAGCUACCCUGGAUCUCAGAACGGUGGCCUGUACUGUGACUCGAACGGGAACCUGCAAAAGCCGGACAACGGCAGGCCGUACUGUUACGACGGCGCGGGCACUGUUGUGGCAAAGAACUCCGCGGGCGGCAACGUCGCGUUUUGCCAGACGGUGCUCCCCGGUAACGAGGAGAUGCUGAUCCCAACAGACAUCGGCUCUGGCUCGAGCCAGACGCUUGCCGUGCCCGGCCCAGACUACUUCGCGGGCACCGCGGCACACUACUACGUCAACCCUCCCGGUGUUAGCGUCGCUGACGGAUGCAAGUGGGGUGACGAUUCGCACCCAUACGGUAACUGGUCUCCAUACGUGGCCGGUGCCAACCAGCAGUCCGACGGAUCGACCUAUGUGAAGAUCGGUUGGAACCCUAUCUAUUUGGACAGCUCUUUCAAAGGUACCAAGCCGUCGUUCGGUAUCAGGAUAACCUGUGAUGACGAGUCCAACUGUGAGGGGCUGCCAUGUUCGAUCGACCCUAGCUCGUCCAAUGUCAACGAUGUCUCGAGCUCUCAAAGUGCUUCUGGUGCCGGCGGUGGUAACUUCUGUGUUGUCACUGCGAAAAAUGGUGCCAAGGCAAACAUUGAAGUGUUCAGUGUUUAG